AUGAUGCAUGUUGAUAAUGAUCUUCCAGGCGUGUUCUUUAUUGAUGGUCCAGGUGGAACUGGAAAAACAUUUUUGUACAUUGCCUUGCUUGCUGAAAUUCGGUCACGUGGUCUUAUUGCUCUCGCAACAGCUUCAUCAGGUGCAGCGGCUAAUAAUAUGCCAGGAGGUAGAACGGCUCACUCGAGAUUCAAGAUUCCUCUUAAUCUUGAAAAUAAUUCAAUGUGCAAUAUUAAAAAACAGAGUGGGGCCGCUAAACUGAUUCGCUCUGCCAAAAUAAUCAUAUGGGAUGAAGCGUCGAUGGCUAAACGACAAGCGAUAGAGGCAGUCGAUCGUACAUUCCAAGACAUUAUAGGUGUUAGUCUCCCAUUUGGUGGAAAGAUAAUGGUUAUGGGAGGUGACUUCAGACAGGUGUUGCCGGUUAUCAAACGUGGCACUCGAGCACAGAUUGUAGACUCCAGCGUACGAAUGUCACCUCUUUGGUCUUUGACUAAGAAGAUGCGGUUGACCAUAAAUAUGAGAGCGCUGAAAGAUCCAUGGUUUUCUAAAUUUCUUUUAAGAGUCGGCGAUGGAACUGAAGAACAAAUCGAAGGAAACUAUAUCCGCAUACCCGAUGACAUGACAAUUCAGUGCAACAACAAAGAAAACGCUAUAAAAGAAUUGAUCCAUGCCAUCUUUCCAUCAAUUGAAGAUAAUGUAUAUUCUUCAGAUUAUAUAAUCUCUAGAGCAAUAUUGUCCACUAAAAAUGAUAGUGUUGACGAGAUUAAUAAUCAAAUGAUUGAAAUUUUUCAAGGGGAGGAAAAAGUUUAUUACAGUUUUGAUGAAGCUGAAGACGAUCAGCGCAACUUCUAUCCGGUCGAGUUCUUAAAUUCGCUAAAUUUGGUCAACAUGCCGGAAAAAGAGUUUUUUUUGCCAAGAAUCCCUCUAACCCUUUCUGAAGAUGACAUGUUCCCAUUCAAGCUGAAAAGAAAACAAUUUCCAAUUCGACUUAGCUUUUCCAUGACGAUUAAUAAAGCUCAAGGUCAAACAAUUCCGAACGUUGGUAUUUAUCUACCGGAUUCUGUAUUUUCACAUGGACAACUUUAUGUCGCGUUAUCAAGAGGGAUUUCAAGACAAAGUACGAAGGUGUUGACGGAUGACGAGGAACCGACACUCAUAAUUUCAGCGGUUCAAAAGGUGGUUCAAACUGUAAUGGAAGACGAAGGAUGCUCCUCAGAACCCAAGAGAAGAAAAUACAUCGUACGUGACCGAGUCAACACACAUGAGUUAUUGGUCAUGUUUGUAAAAUCAUUCACACGGAGAACAACGUUAGACGAAAAGGGACGUAAGUUUAAUGGGGCUCAAAUGGCGGCACGAAAAGAUGUCAAACUGGCAUUUGGUGUUUUGCAGUCAAGACGGAAAAUUCUGAAGGUGCCGUGUAGAAUUAUGGAGAAACAAAGAAUUAGAAAUAUGGUGUACGCGUGCGUUAUAUUGCAUAACAUGAUUUUGGAGGAUGGGAACGCGCAAUUUGAGAGUAAUAUGAGGAGACGAGUCAACCAAGCAUCGUAUAAUUAA